AUGCGAAGAGACUGGACGGAACAUGACACGCACUGGAUGGAGGGGUCGGACGCACGCCACACCUUCAGUGGUUUCCGGAACAACACCACAAAAGACUAUCACACGUACUGCUACCACCGCCGUUAUUCAUGUCGAGCCCUACUAGACCAUAGUGAACAGACCUUAGUAGACGAAUCUAGUGCACCGGAACGAGCUACCAUCUCCCAUUCACAAGUACAAUCGUCCAUUUACAAUAUGCUGCAACUAGGUUCCCUCGCCUGCCGCAUGGCGACAGCAAAGCGUGUCAGGGGUGGUUCCACCCCUCUGGCAGUGGAGGGAGGGGUGGUCCCGCCACUUCACGCCCGCCGGCUCUGGAGUCAGUGUGGAAGUGCGAUAACCAGGGUGCUGAGGCCAGAGGAGCAAUUACAAGAGGCGGAGCUGCGGGCAGCUGAUCGCCUGGAGGACGAGCGGAGGCGUCGUCGAGAGCUGCUGGUUCGCGCCGACUGGGAGAAGCAGCUACAGGGGCGGUCUCGCGCCAGUUGCAGUCGGGGACUCGCAGGGGUCGGUCGCUCCGCGAACGCAGAGCCUUCAGAGUUUGCGCCUCAUCCAAGUCUCAGCAAUAGUAAAAUGGUUCUAGAAGAGUACAAGGACCUUGUUGGAGCGGCCGCAGGCACGGCAGUUACACUCGCAAAGUUUUCAGGAGUGUUUACCUGCAAGAGUAUUAUCAAGCAAAGGUCAACCAGAAAUGUUCCUGUUUAUCCAUUCCUAAGUGGCGCUGUCUUGUCCAUUAUACUGUUGCAGAAUUCUUUGCUUAUGCAAGAUUCUAACCUGAUUAUUUCAGGUGUUGUUGGGCUUGCGAUACAGAUUGUUUACAUGUUGAUAUAUUACAUAUUUUGUGAAAAUAAGGCAGAUUUCUGGACCAAGGUAUUAAAAGCAUCUAUAUUUGUGGGGUUGGUGUUGGCCUAUUGUGCUUGGGAAGAUGCUGCCAAAGCUAGAUUUUGGCUUGGCAUACUAAUAACCGCAUUUCUGUUGAUAUACCUGGCAUCGCCUCUGAUGUCCUUGGGAGAUGUUAUAAGGACAAAAAGUACUGCUAUGCUUCCAUUACCAAUGAUUCUAACCGGAGCGGUGGUUUCAUCCCUAAUGUUGCUUUAUGGAAUCAUUAUCAAAGAUCCCUUCAUUCAAGUGCAGAAAGCAAUUGGUUUUGGACUGAGUGUGAUACAGCUGAUGUUAUUCGUUAUAUAUCCCAGACGACCUGUGGAUCUGAAACAUGACUGACCAUAAUAAAAUUGUUUUUUUAAGAA